AUGGGCAACACGUGCACGCGCAACAGCGAGUCGCAAGUCGUCUUGAGUGAACACGGUGUAAUUCUGCAAAGCCGACGCACUGACCGCGAACGAGAACGGGAACGCGAACGUGGGCGAUGGUCUGCUCCGAACGUGGAGAGCGUGGAUCUCGACACGUUAUUAGAGGCACCCUCUCCUCCUGCCAACAAGGACAAGGCUGCUCGUCGUCGUCGCAAGAAACGUCAAUCUCUAUCCGAGCGCUUCCACGCACCUCGUCGCCACGCCGCCAGCGCUGCCCGCCCACCGCGCGCGCCAUCUUUCGAUGAGCCCAACCCUCUCAACAGGUCGCGACUCCAUCGCAGUCGCACAGAGACUGGCCGCCGCCCCGCGCCGAUGCCCGAGGAAGACCCAGCCCCUAUUUACCACUCUUACGAGGACCCCGGAUACCUGGCUGGAGACCCUAUCGAACUGCAGCCUUUCGACGCCGACUGUAUUCUGGGCAGUCCCAUAAACUCUCCGUCUGUAAUUCACGCGCGAUGGGGAGAACCUGUGGACGACCCGGACGAGGAGAAUUUGUGCACUGAGUUUAAGCCCAAUCCUUUCAAAUUGGGCUUUUGUAUCAACUGCAUGAAGCAACACGACGUCAAAGACGACGGAGAAGUCGUGGCCAUGAAGGAAUACAAACGCAUCGCUCGUCCCACCAUCGCCAAGACGGCAGCCAAUGCGCUGGACAACCCCAGCGCCAUCCCUAUUCCCAGAAGCUCUAUCACCAUGAUGUCGGACUCAGGACGAGAGAGUGAUAUUGAUCUGGCUCAACUUUUGGCCCAGAGGAGAGAUGUGCUUAUGAAAUUGGACCGAUUGGACAAGCAGAAGACCAUUCUCAAGCGACAGCAGAGUGCUGGAACCAUGGGACGCAGAACUGACCGUCAUACGACCAUCAAUUUUGGAGACAACACGCGCAGUAACUUGCGGCGGAUGAGCUCACGGCCGCCUGGAUCGGGCCCCAUCAUCACCCGUGGCACAUCCAUGAGCUUGGCGCCGCAGCCGGCAUCUUCCCACAACUUUGGAGCGUCCAAGAGUGUGAGCAUGGGCUCUCGUCUGUACGACGACGAGGAGCCUGCGCAGAACGUGUGGCUAUAG